CUCUCUAGUGGAACCAGGAAGCGCUGUGAGCGGGCGGAGACGUGAGAAGCAGCAGAAGUUCAACAACAGACGCGAAGAGAAGCGAAGUCCGGAGCUUGAGCCGGACACGGCUCCACGUGGCCCGGUUCCGAGCGCUCCUCAGUAUCUGGGCUGCGUCGAGCUGCCGGGCCGCGGUCAUGGCCGCUGUGACGGCCGCCGCCGGCGGCGUGGUCCGGACGGAUUCACCCGGAGCUCCCGAGCGCAGCGGCCGCAGGUCCUCGGAGUCCUGGAAGAGACACGUCGUCCGUCAGCUGAAGAACCGAGACCGGAACCAGCACAUGUUCCAGGACCUGAUCUGCUUCUACACUCGGCUGCUGGAAAAAAACAGUCUGGCCAAAGGAAUAAUAAGCAGCUGCACCAGACGUCCCUCUGACAGCAGCAGCUCCGUCUCUUCUCUGCUCCAGCAGAACGACCAGUUGAAGAAAACCACAGGAGAGCUGGCGUAUCGGGUGGUGGAGCUGCAGCAGCAGAUCAGAGUCAAAGAAUGCGUCCUGCAGCAGCAGCGCGUCCGGUUGGAGGAGGAGGAGCGUCUGCUGGAACGGGCCUCGGACGCCCGUCAGGAGCUGAACAUGCGGGUGGAGCAGGUGAAGCAGGAGAACAGGGCCGUGAAGGCGAAGUACGACUCCCUUCUGGAGCGACAGAGAGCAGCAGAGAUGAGUCUGAGGCAGGCGGAGGACAGAGGGGGACACCUGCUGGAGGACAUGAUCUACAGCAAGCAGCAGGCGGCCGACCGCAUGAACAGCCGCAACGAACACAGGUCCAGAGCUCGAGCUAUGAAGCUGCAGAGGGGGCAGCAGUCCACUGUCCGGGCAAAGGUCGACAUCGACAGCCCAUCCAGCGCUCCGACCUCCAGAUCGGCAUCUCCUAAAAACGAGGCUUGCGGGUCCUCGGAGCAACGGCGCACUCGACUCUUCAGGUCAGUGUCGCUUUCGUCACCAAGGUUUCUGAGUUCCAUCAGAAAUAUGUUUGAGAAGAGACGAGGUCGCUCGUUCUGCAGCCUGGAGGAGGAUUCAAUGGGACCCGUAGGGAUCUGUCUCGCAGCCAGAGUACCUGUUAGAGCUCUGCAAGUCCUGGAGGCCCAUGAGCAAGGCAUCAACGCUGUGAGGUUCAGCUCCAGGUCAGACCUGUUGGCGACGGGAGGCACAGACCGGGUCAUUAAGCUGUGGGAGGUCAGAGCAGGCUCCUUGACUCACAGAGCCACUCUGGACGGAAGCACCGAGGGGAUCACCUGCAUUGAGUUUGACCCAAUUGGCGCCCGAGUCCUCGCCGCCUCCUACGAUAAGUCUGCUCUGCUGUGGCGGGUGGACAACUCUGUUCCCAAGCUCACUCUGACAGGUCACAACAGGAAGGUCACAGCUGCGAGGUUCAGCAGUUCGUCUCAUCAGGUGGUGACGGGAAGCGCGGACCGGACCAUCAGACUGUGGGACCUGCAGCGAGCCGCCUGUGUGCAGGAGGUGGAAGUGGCGUCUUACUGCAGCGAUCUGGUUUGUUCUGAGAACCGAAUCAUCAGCGGUCACUAUGACAGCAAGAUCCGAGUCUGGGACAGCAGCAGCUCUCUAACAUGUGUUACAUCCAGGGUGGGGAGCUGCAUCCAGGAGCUUCCUGCUCAGGGUAAAGUCACGUCGCUGGACAUCAGCCCUGACCAGCGGCAGCUGCUCAGCUGCUGCCGUGACGACUGUCUCCAGCUGCUGGACCUGAGGCGCUGCAGCAACGCUCGCGUUUGCUUCAGAGCUGACGGGUUUAAAUGUGGCAGUGACAGCACCAAGGCUGUGAUCAGUCCAGACAGUUGUUUUUUGGCAGCUGGAUCAGCAGAUGGCGCUGUUUUCAUCUGGAACGCCACCACUGGCAACCUGGAAACUCACCUGCCUGACAAACACAGCUCAUCCAUCAGCGCCGUGUCCUGGUCUCUGUCUGGUGAAUAUCUGGUCAGCGUGGACCGGAGCCGGUGGGCCGUGCUGUGGAGUGACCUCUGACCCGGUGGUGGUGCAGCCGAUGGCUCAGCUCGACGUUCCUGGUUCUUCUGAGCUGGUUGUUGUGUGGACUGAAGGAGUAGCAGACGUUCUGCUCUGUGCUCUGUGCCAAACCUGGACGUUUUACUAAUGGAUUGACAUUAAACCUCUUCGUAUUGAGUGACAGAGGCAGAACUGCUCCAGAGGCUUCAAAGGCUUCUACUCUGACUAAAACCUUCUGUGUUUGUUCAUGUUCCAUUUCAUGUGUUUAUUUAAAAAGAAGCUAUGAGGAAUUAAACUGAGCAGCAACAGUUUGAUCCUGAGGUUUUUAGGCCAAUAAUCUUGUGUUGUUUUAUUUUCCCACAUUUUGAGACGAAAGUUCUGUGGCAUUUAAUAUUUAUUGGUUCCAAACAGUAAAAAAAAACAAGUGUUUGCUUAAA